CAAACACCAAAACCAGGCGCUACACUGUCGCAGCGGUUGCGUAACCUGUCGAAAGAGUAUGGCUGGUCCGCCUUGUGGGUGUAUUUGCUAUUGUCGGCCAUGGACUUUCCGAUUUGUUUCGCCGCUGUUCGUCUGCUGGGCGUAGAGCGAAUCGGCUACUAUGAGCACGUCAUUUUUGAGUCUGUCAAGGGAGCGGUGGAUGCUGUCUGGCCGAGCAAGCAGGGUGCCAAUGCAGACUCGGAACAGGACAAGAGCUUGACAACCAACACGGAUACUCGGGAAGGUGCGGCACAGGCGCAAGGUCUAUGGACACAACUUGCACUUGCCUACGCGAUUCACAAGAGUCUCAUCUUUAUUCGAGUACCCUUGACAGCAGCCAUUACCCCUAAAGUUGUCAAAGCUCUGCGACAGUGGGGUUAUGAUAUUGUCAAAGGCAGACCGAGG